CGUCUAUCCCCUUCCCCCGCCCGCAUCGCUCUCCUCCGCACGGCUGCCGCCCUCGCGUCCCCGCCUUCGCCCGCCCGUGACUCCCCACGAUGGCCAUGCGCCGCGUCUCUCGCCUGCUCCCGCGGGCACCGACGCGACCGCUCCACGCGCCGCUGCUUAAUUACGGCCAGAUGUGCUCCCGACUGCGGAGAUUGGGGGCCACCAACGCCGAUGAGGCCGCGCAGGCGGCGACGCAGGUGAGGUUUCGCGCAAAUGGUAAGCCACUCCACUCUCUCCCUCCUGAUCCGUCCGUCCCCAACCUGCCGAUCUGCGCUGACUCGACCCGCGCCGCCCGCGCGCGCCGUACGUACGGUCUCCCUCACCUCCUCCCUCUUCUCCUUCCAGGUCGGCCACAUCGGCUGCCCCGCCACCGCUGGCGCCGACCUCGACACCAUCACCACCAUGGAGGUAACCCCGCCCGCCCUCCUCCCACUCCCCUCGGCCCAGAUCUGGCCCUCCGCGUCCGAUAUUUCCCAAAGAACCAUGGCGAAAUCUAGUGCUCGCAAGGAGACGGCCCCAGCCCGGCCGCCGGCGACCUUGCCACAGCAGCACAUGUUCCCCGGCGCCCCAUCGAGCUCCUCCGCCAAUCCCUCCACACCACAGCACCUGUACCCUCACGGCAGCUCCUACACAAACCCCUUGAAUCAAUGGAGGCCAAUGUAUACCCCUGCAACCGAUGGCUUGCUAAGUUUUGGGCAGUUGCCGCCAAUGCAUCCUUAUAAUUUCCGAUCUCUGCCUAUCCACCAUCUUGAAGGACACCCAAAUAUGAAGAAUUUGCACUUUGGCUAGAGGAGAAGAGCAGAAGCAGUGAUCUAGGCCGUGCCAUACGGGAGAAGAGGAGAAUCACAGCGAGAUGCAGGACCUGCCGGCUAGGUGCCGUGCCGGAGGUGUUGGCUAGGUGCUGGGCCGGAGGUGCCAUGCUGGAGGUGCCCACUAGUAGGCGAUGUCGUUGGCGAGCUGAGACGGGCAACGUCUUCGGCCCGCUGAGACGGAGCUGGCGAAGAGAAGGCGACGUCGCUGGCGAGCUGAGAAGGACGACGUAACAGUCUUUGUGUUUUCUAAACAUACUGUUGGUCUAUGCGUUGUAAUGCGUUUUAGACUUGUAGUAUAGUACCUGUUCUGUUUAAAUAAAAUAAAAAAGACAACUUGGCCUUUC